GUCCUUUGGCUCCAAGCCCAGAGCCCAUCCUGCUGUAUCACCUAGCGUGGCUCUGGGAAGAAUUCUUCUGCCAUCCCUUUUUUGAUAGUCUCUGCUUGGGAGUUGGGGAGAAGGGAAUUCAAGAGUCCAGGAUGGUGUGUGUGGGUGGUGAAGGUGGGGGCAGGUUUGUCAGGUGGGGGUGACUCAUGUCCCAGCCUCCAGCCCUCUGAAACCUCUCCCCCGCCAUGGCUUGGUUUUGGGUUCCUGGUGGAGGGGGCUUUCUCCCCAAGGCCAGGGGCUGUGGCGGAUGUGUGGAGGAGGUUGUGGCAGGGAGAGGAGGGCAGGGGUCAAAGCUGCUGCUGCCUCCUGGCUUGAGCUGGACAGAACCAUGGACUGUUCUGGGCUUGUCCCUAUAUAGGAAGUGGGAGUUGUCUACUUUGCAGGCGGCUGGGGCUGUGCCAGGAUAAAGGGGGGCCUAUUCCCUGGGGAGUGGAGAGAAAUGAAAGUCAGAUUUAGGACUGGGCCAGUGUUCUGCUGGGCUCUACCAGUCAGCACUGCCAGGCUGCUCUUGCUCCUGUGCUGUGGAGCUGGGAGCCCUGGGGGCUGGGAGUAGGUUUUCUGCUGCUGAGAAGGCCUUUCGGGUGAUGGGGGUGGGGUCAGCAGAGCCUUGGUCCUCGAGGGAGGGGCUGGUGUCACUGUUCUCAGACCUGCCUGACUCUGGCUCGUCUGCCAACUGGGCACCUGACACCAGAAUGGGCCUGGGAAAUGGGCCUCUAUCCGUGUCAGUACAACCUGGGUACGAGCCUGUCAGCACAGGGCUUCCAGAUCCCUUGAGGUCAGGAGGGUCACUAGGCAUGGGGAAUUAUUGAUCCUGGAGAAGAGAAGGCUGAGAGGACUUGAUGUGCCAAAGAAGGAAAGAGAAUGAACUCAGUCCUGGCUGGCUGAUUGCGCAAAGAGGGUGACAGGCUUGCAGUUUUCCAACACCCCUGAGAACACAAGAGCAAUCGGGACUCUUGUGGAAGGAAUGGAGGCUAGACAGGAGGAAGGACUUCCUGCAUGCUGGAGAUGAGAUCCUGAAUUGAUGAGGAAGAGGGAGAGGCUGAUGGAGGCUCAGGGUUUGGCUCUUCUCUGAAGAGAAUGAAGCAGGGCCCCAUCCGGAUGAGCUGGGGGAGGGCCUGUCUGCCCCAGGAGAGAGGGCAGAUAGGAAUCCCUACCUUUUGGGGCAAGUCUGAAGUCUGUCGGGGUCCCUGGGGAAACUCUUAGUCUUGUGUCUUUGGGGAGGAGAGACCUGGCCAUGCGAGGGGCAGGUAGCCAUGAGCGGCUGGCCCAGUGACCCCUGUGAAGAGAAGGAGUAGGGUGACUGGGGCAGGUUGUCAGGGUUUGCGUCUCUGCAAGCGACACCAUGAGUCCUGCCUCCCGGGACGUAGUUGAAUCUGGUGGAGGUCUGGGGGGCAUGGACUGCCCUGGUUUCCAGCAGCUUCCCUGGCUAGGCUGAAGAGAAAACUCUGACCAUUCCCCCUUUGCUCAGCCUCCUGGCACCUCAGCCUUUGGUGGCCCUCAGGGCAGGAAGCUUAGCUUUCUAUGACCUGCAGAGUGUGGGUUAACAGGACAGCUGUCUUUCCUCACUGUAGGGACAGUGGAUUCUUGUCUCUGGUGAAUGGCAGGGACGGGGGACAACUGGGACGGGGCUGGAAAAUCAAUACACUGCUUAUUUGGGGGUGAGUGGAGCUUGUAUUCACUACACGACUCCCACUUGACUGAAAAAGUAAUACCUCGUUAUUUUACAAAGCAGUUGGAAAGUUUAGGAAAGUUUACGAGAGGGGGAAAAAAAAAGUCACCCAUAAGCCUACUCCGUCGAGGCAUCUACCACUAACAUUUCUGCCCCUUCUCUUUUGUUAGCAUCCUCCUGUUUCUCAGCCUUGCUCUUGGAUGAUCUCGUGCUCUGUAUACAGUAACAAAUUUUGACCAAAACUUUAUUCCAAAUCCUGGUUUUCUCUAGCAAAUGCUGAACAGGGAAUUAAGAGUCGGGUCUUCCCUGCUUUUCCAGGAGAGGGCCAGGCAGCGAUCCUUGCAGAAUGAAAUUCUGGGGAAUCAGACCCUGAGGACUGGACAUGAGCUGGGGUCAGGCUCCCCAAGCCUCCCUUGGGGGUGGUUAGGUGGGGACAGCGGGCACUUGUGUACUGAGGUACGUUACCAACCCAAAUGAAUCCUUAGCUGUCGUUUCCUGAAGCUGGUAAAAUGUUUUUCUGUUCCCAGGAGUCCUGGUUUGGGAUUUUUGCCCACCCAGGGUCCCCAGCAGGGAAUGGAGCUCCAGCUGGAUUCCUCUCCAGGGGAGCCCGGAGGUUCCCAGGGUCCAGCCACCUGGCCGGGCAUUUCCCUCUCCUCCAAGUCCCCUUCAUUUUCCCACCCUGGUUUGUUUGCUUUGGGCAGGAGCCCAGAAGGAAGAAAAUAAACAGCAGCUGGGUCAGCCUGACCUGAACCUCCUCCACCCCCAGCCAGUCCUGGACCACAGCUCGGGCUGCCCUCCAGACCGGAACAGCCACCAUGGAGGUGAUGAAUCUGAUCGAACAACCCAUCAAAGUGACCGAGUGGCAACAAACAUACACCUACGACUCGGGCAUCCACUCGGGGGCCAACACCUGCGUGCCCUCGGUCAGCAGCAAGGGCAUCAUGGAGGAGGACGAGGCCUGCGGGCGCCAGUACACGCUCAAGAAGACCACCACCUACACCCAGGCGGUGCCCCAGAGCCAAGGUGACCUGGAGUACCAGAUGUCUACGACAGCUAGAGCCAAGCGGGUGCGGGAGGCCAUGUGUCCUGGUGUGACAGGAGAGGAAAGCUCGCUGCUGCUGGCCACCCAGGUGGAGGGGCAGACCACCAACCUGCAGCGGCUGGCCGAGCCAUCCCAGCUCCUCAAGUCGGCCAUCGUGCAUCUCAUCAACUACCAGGACGACGCCGAGCUGGCCACCCGGGCCCUGCCUGAGCUCACCAAACUGCUCAACGAUGAGGACCCGGUGGUGGUGACCAAGGCAGCCAUGAUUGUGAACCAGCUGUCGAAGAAGGAGGCAUCUCGGCGGGCACUGAUGGGCUCACCGCAGCUGGUGGCGGCCGUCGUACGCACCAUGCAGAACACCAGUGACCUGGACACGGCCCGCUGCACCACCAGCAUCCUGCACAACCUCUCCCACCACCGCGAGGGACUGCUUGCCAUCUUCAAGUCGGGUGGCAUCCCUGCCCUGGUCCGCAUGCUCAGCUCCCCUGUGGAGUCGGUCCUGUUCUACGCCAUCACCACACUGCACAACUUGCUGCUGUACCAGGAGGGCGCCAAGAUGGCGGUGCGCCUGGCAGACGGGCUGCAGAAGAUGGUGCCCCUGCUCAACAAGAACAACCCCAAGUUCCUGGCCAUCACCACGGACUGCCUGCAGCUCUUGGCCUACGGCAACCAGGAGAGCAAGCUCAUCAUCCUGGCGAACGGGGGACCCCAGGCCCUUGUGCAGAUCAUGCGCAAUUACAGCUAUGAGAAGCUGCUCUGGACCACCAGCCGUGUGCUCAAGGUGCUGUCCGUGUGUCCCAGCAAUAAGCCCGCCAUUGUGGAGGCUGGUGGGAUGCAGGCCCUGGGCAAACACCUGACGAGCAACAGUCCCCGCCUCGUGCAGAACUGCCUCUGGACCCUGCGCAACCUCUCGGAUGUGGCCACCAAGCAGGAGGGCCUGGAGAGCGUGCUGAAGAUUCUGGUGAACCAGCUGAGCGUGGACGACGUCAACGUCCUCACCUGUGCCACGGGCACUCUGUCCAACCUGACCUGCAACAACAGCAAGAACAAGACGCUGGUGACGCAGAACAGCGGCGUGGAGGCGCUCAUCCACGCCAUCCUGCGCGCGGGCGACAAGGACGACAUCACGGAGCCCGCCGUCUGUGCCCUGCGCCACCUCACCAGCCGCCACCCCGAGGCCGAGAUGGCCCAGAACUCCGUGCGCCUCAACUACGGCAUCCCGGCCAUCGUCAAGCUGCUCAACCAGCCCAACCAGUGGCCACUGGUCAAGGCAACCAUCGGCCUGAUCAGGAAUCUGGCCCUGUGCCCAGCCAACCAUGCCCCACUGCAGGAGGCAGCGGUCAUUCCCCGCCUUGUCCAGCUGCUGGUCAAGGCCCACCAGGAUGCCCAGCGCCACGUGGCUGCAGGCACACAGCAGCCCUACACGGAUGGUGUGAGGAUGGAGGAGAUUGUGGAAGGCUGCACUGGAGCCCUGCACAUCCUCGCCCGGGAUUCCAUGAACCGCAUGGAGAUCUUCCGACUCAACACCAUCCCCCUGUUUGUGCAGCUCCUGUACUCCUCGGUGGAGAACAUCCAGCGCGUGGCGGCCGGGGUGCUGUGCGAGCUGGCCCAGGACAAGGAGGCGGCCGAUGCCAUUGAUGCUGAGGGCGCCUCAGCCCCACUCAUGGAGCUGCUGCACUCCCACAAUGAGGGCACUGCCACCUAUGCUGCUGCCGUCUUGUUCCGCAUCUCCGAGGACAAGAACCCAGAUUACCGUAAACGUGUGUCUGUGGAGCUCACCAACUCCCUCUUCAAGCACGACCCUGCAGCCUGGGAGGCUGCCCAGAGCAUGAUCCCCAUCAAUGAACCCUAUGGCGAUGACAUGGAUGCCACCUACCGCCCCAUGUACUCGAGCGACAUGCCCAUGGACCCCCUGGAGAUGCACAUGGACAUGGAUGGGGACUGUCCCACUGACAACUACAGCGACGGCCUCAGGCUCGCCUUCCCCACUGCGGACCACAUGCUGGCCUAGCUGCCUGGACCCUAGUAUGGCGCCCCCUCCCCUCCUGCUUUGCAGCUCUCCCUGCCCACUGCGGGCUGCUGAGACUCGGGCUUUCCCUUCCCUUUAGAACCUCCUUCUCACGGAGGCCCUCUCAGGUUUCCGUUGAAACCCUGGCUCCUUUUUAAGGGAAACACGUGUGGGGCCUCUUGGUGCUGAGCUCCCCUGGGAAGGCGUGCCUCGUCUGGGCUGCCUUGUUCUGUUAUCUUUGCUUGAGGCAAGGAGUCCUGCCCCUUCUUCAGUGGUGGGUGGGUGAUGCACGAGCUCCUAGGGGCCAUGGGGCUGGCCUGACCCCUCUGUGUCUGCCCCUCCCCCAAGGUGCAGUUCCCCAUCUGAAAGGCUCUCUGUGCAGGCGAUGGGGUGAGAUAGCCAAGUGCCUGAGCCUGGGCAGCAGGGCUGUGACUUCCUGCUGAAACCCGUGCCUCCAGAGGUCCUCUGUAAGGUCUCUCUUGGGAUGGUGAUCUGCUCCCGCUUUUCGGUUCCGGGCUGUGGGUCCAGGGCCUGACACCCCCUCCCAUCCCCGAGGCCCUGGCACUAAAGCUUUAGACUCGAAGCACCCACUCUGUCCCCUCAGAAAUCCCCCCUCCUCCCAGGCGGCCCAUCUCCAGCAGCCUGGGCCCCCCAGGGCUUUGGUUCCGUCUCUGGCUCUGAUUUGGUCGCCGAACACCAACUGUGCUGAGAGCCCCGGGGUCUCCAGGACCCAGGUUCAAGGCCUAAAGGCCCAGAACCCAAAGCUUAUCUUGAAAAGUUCAGGGCUCAUCCCAGGAGAUGGGGCGGAGAUGUGGAGAGUGGGUCCUCUGCUCCAGGACACUGCCUGCUCCCUCCCCAGGACUCUCAGUUGGCUUUGGCCCCUCCCGGGGGAGCUCGGGGACAGCUGCCUCACACCCCAUCCUGACCACACGACGGCCCUAGCUGACCCCCUGAGAUGUGCUCUUGGCUGACCCCUCUGGUGUGCGGUGAGGGGCUUUCUCUUCCCCUUCCUGUUUCAAACGCCCCCCACCACCUCCUGCACAUGGGUGUGGGGGCUGGGGAGGUCCCAGCAGAGAGUUUUAUUGUUAUCGCUUUAUGUUUUUGGUUAUUGGUUUUUUUGUAUAGACCAAAGCAAAGAAAAUAAAACUAACACACAGA